AUGGUAACGCAGUGUGGAGUGCUGCAGAUCCAGAGGGGUAAAGAGGGCAUCCAUAAGGACCUGCGUAAGCGCUUUCCCUUUCACCUAUCUCACUCACGUUUUCCUACCUUCCCGGGAGAGGGCGUGCCCAGUACCACGGCCCACCCUAUCUGUGCAUUCGUUGGCCAAACCCGACGGCCGUUACUGCCGAGUCCCGCCCAAACCACGCCCCCACGCAGCUGCAGGGCCGAGAGAAGGCGUGGUUAUUGUGCCGAUGGACGAUUCAGACGGUCUCCUCUCGUGAGCAUCGGGAAGUGCCGGAGGACCCGCUUGGUGCGAGUGGGAGCGCGCUCCGGCUCGAGAGGCCCGUGGUCGCUGCGGGCGCACGCCCGGCCCCACCCCCUCUCCGGUACGCAGGCUCCGCUCGAGCUUGCGCACGCGCGCGCGCUCCCUUUCAAGCCUCAGUCUGAUCAGCGGCGGCCCGGCGGGUGGAGGCUGGGCCCCCGAGGUACGAGGGGAGGGGCCGGAGCUGCUGCAGCUGCCGCCGCCACCGCCCCGCCGCCGCCGCCGCUGCUGCUGGAGAGAAGCAUGUCUGCAACUCGAGCCAAGAAAGUGAAGAUGGCCACCAAAUCGUGCCCCGAGUGCGACCAACAGGUUCCUGUUGCAUGUAAAUCUUGUCCCUGUGGUUAUGUAUUUAUUAAUAGGAAACUUCUAAAAGUAAAACAGAGAAAUCAUCACCUUUUACAGCCAAAUUGCCAUAUUAUGAGGCAGCUCACAAUUGCCAUGUUGUGAAGAGACCACGUGGAUGUGAUGAGGGACAAUGGAGCCUGCCAACAAUCAAAACAGUGAGCUUAGAAAAAGAUCUCCCCCUAGUUGAGCAUUCAGAUGAGACUGCAGAACCACACCUGGA